AAUCGCUAGUUUGAUCACGUUCUAAUCCAGUUUUAACCCUUUUUAACAUAAUUUAUUCAAUUGUUACAGCGACUGGCAAGUGUCAUGAUGGUAAACCUCGGCUUCUUCCUUUGCUGUCCCAGAAAGCGCCGUAGAAGUGGCGGCUCCAACUGCUCCGGAGAAGAUCAGUUUGAUGAGAACGGAGCGAUAGUCGAUGAUCAGGCAGGAUACGGAGCCACUGAACCCCAGCCGGUUGAAUUGUACGCGGUGGAUGAGAUCGAUGGGAUCUCUCUCUCCUCGGAUCCCAGUCUAAGAAAGGAAGACAUCACUGAGAACACUGGUGAUGACAAGACUGAACAGUCUAUAGUCCCUGAUCCAGAUGGUUCAGACCCAAACAUUACUGCCGAGGUUUCAGAUCUUGAUAAUAUUUUAGAAACAGAGCAACCUGCAAUUACUAUAACUGAAGUGUCACCACAGACACGGCAAUCUGUUCGAUCAAAGAAAUCGGACGACAGUGGAGUAGCAAGUCUAGAAGGCACGGGCACUUUACUCAAGAAAAAGAAGAAAAAGAAGCAAAAAAUACUCAAGACUUUUCACAUGAGCUUUAGGAAGAAGAAGAAAGAUAAAUCAAGCCCCGCUCCCGGCAAGUUGGAACCAAAGCGAAGAUACAGCCUUUUCGCUAUGUCGACUCACUCCUUAGCUCGAAGUCGAUCUAACUCCAUAGCUACUAGCUUGUCUUCAAACUCCCAGCGUAAAUACAGUUCCGCUCUGAUGCUCGCUUCUUUGGACGAUCUUAGUGACGACAAUAUAUGUAAGGACUGAGUUCUUCAUAGGAUAUAAUGUAGUGACAAUGCGGUAUUUUAGCCGAUACAUAAGCCAAAAGAAGGUUUCACACAUGCUGGCGAGACAAACGGAUAUUAUUGCAUAUCCUAAGGACUGAUCCAAUGAUCUAGGAGAACAUCAUGCACAUCUUCCUGUUCUAACUUUACAGUUGAAAAGUCAUAAUAAUUUGGCUACUCGAGAAGAAGUGCCAUCGAAUUUUGCUUUUCUCAGAUCUAACCGUGAUAAAGUGCCCAAGACUAAUGUGCAUAUGAUAAAGAUGAUAUGUAAUUAGAUACAAUCAAUCUCCUAUCUCCAUUUACGCGCCAUUUAAAAUGGUUUAAGUACAAUUGCUUUAAUGGAGACGACAGAAACUGUGACCCAUACUGCACUUUGAACCUUUUCGUAUGACAUUCAGUGAACACAAUUAUUGUAGUGAACACAACUGCUGUGGACACCUCUGAACACCCGGCAUUAAGGAAAAGCUAUGAAGAAAUCUGAUGUUUCAGAAAGAUUUAUUCCCAAGAAUGAUGAAUUUAUGUAUCGCUGCGUGUAGAUAUUUUCUUAACUUUGCAUGAUAAUAUGUACAUUAUAUUGUCUUUUACUUUUCUUAAGCUGCACAUAAUAUACAUUACAUUAUAUUUCAU